AUGGCCGCCAACCCCACCGCCACCCGCAACCGCAGGCCGACAGCCAGCUCGAACAUGCCCAUCCCCCUCAACCCACUCCCUCCAUCCACCAGCGACCACCACCACGAACUGCCCCUGCUCCACUGCUCAUCUAGCUCGCCCUACGAAGCCUUCCUGCCCGUAUCCCCCGACCCAUACGCAAACCAGCACUACCACUCAGAAGGCUCAAACCUAUCCGACUCGCUCCACUCAGCAAACUCGCUCUGCGCCCACAGUCGGAACCAUUCUGUCCAACAGUCCCAGGACAGCCACUCCCACUCCAGCAGCUUCAAAUCAUUCGAAAACACACCCACCCUUCCCUCCGCCCCUACUCCCUCGUCAUCGUCAAAACUCGUCAAGUCAAACGGCCGCCCCAAAGUCAACACCCUCCCCCCUUGGGCAAAGGGUCACGACGAUGAUGAUCUGCUCUUCCAGCCGCUCCCUAUCCCACCCACACCCGCCCUCAAAUCGCCAAACCCUUCUCGUUCCGAACUAGACUUCCAACCUCAGCGGACACAGCCUCAACCCCACCAACCAGAGUACCAUCAACAACAAGACCAACAACACCAAUCAGACGACUCGAAAAAUGCAACUAUCUCAAAAUUCCCACGAUAUUCAGUAUCCAACUCAACCCUAGUACCCGACUCGCCAUUCACAGAACAUGAGUGGACAAUCACACAGGACCAGGUCAACAACCUCCGCCACAAUCUUCAGAGUUCAUCAACCGAACCAGUCCACAAGCUUGGAUCACAACAAUAUCGGCCGCCAUCCACUCCCAGUAGCAGCAAUCCCCAAGCAAACCCUGGCCCUAGCACUACCCGACGGUCGCUGUACCGAGCCAUGACGACACCCUCCCCAGUCUUCCAGCGCUUCCGGCCGCUGAUCACCAUCAAUGGGCAGAGGAAACGGGCGACGGAAGACAGCUUCAACCAGGCCGGAGAAGAAGACCCGGAUCUCGAGCAGGGAAGCGAGACGCCGACGGGCCGCCCUCGGCUGAGUCCACACCAGCCGCCGCCGGACGACCGAUGGUGGCAGUUCACGCUGCCCACCAAGUACCGGCGCAAGGUGGAGGAGUAUCUCAGUCGAGGGGGGCAAGGGAUCGGCGGGGUGGGCCAUCUGGUCGACGACCGACGGAUCGACAACAUCGACCACUCCGCACUCGCCACGCCGCGACUAGAGAUGGUGGAGAUCGACGAGGACCGGCGCAAGAUCCUGGCGCUCCUCAAGCGCCACGCCUCGCCCCACUCAACCCGCUACUCGUCCCUCGACUCCAACGACCCCCACUUCGAUCUCCAACGAUACGGCUCGCUCCCCGGCCUCUCGCCGCUCUACAAGCCAACGACGACCGACGACGAGGUCCUCGACCUCGGCCACACCCACCAUCCCCCCACCGACUUCCCCCUCUCCGCCUUCUCCCGCAAAAUGUCCCUCACACCCUCCCAACAACAGCAGAUCUUCGAGGGCGUCAGCGUUCACCAUAAGCCCCGCAGCACUCACCAUCCUUUCGACGAAAGCAUGGACAACCUGCAUGCCAAGAAACCCUACUCGAGCUCCCUCCAUACCGCCACUAAUCAUGACCCUCGAAGCCGCACCGCCCGCAUCGGCUCCUUCUUCAUGCAUCAUCCUACCGCUCCUCUCCUCUGCCGCCUCAUCAACUUGCUUCUCACCGCUAUCGCUCUCGGCCUCUGCGCCACCAUCCGUAAAACUGAACUCCAGCUUGGCGCCAGUGGGGUCCUGGGUGCUAGCACCAUGUUCGUCCUCGUCGCCGCGCCCAUGGGCUUGCUGCACAACCUCUUCGCCAUCUACUGCGAAUACUUUGGCGCGCCGAUCGGGAUCUGGAGCGUGAGCUGGAAGAUGUUCCACACCCUAUCCGAGCUAGUGUUUGUGUCACUAUGGUCAGCGGGGCUAGCGUUGACGAUGAACGACGAGCUACGGAGUCCGCUGGGCUGUCAACGGGCCCCGAGUGCGGUCGCGGGGAUGCCGAGGGUGCCGGCGGAGCUCGCGGGCCGUCUGGCGACGAUCAAGGCCGCCCAUCCGACGCUCUCCCAGGACGUGCUCAACACCAUCGUCCGCACUACCCUCGACCAUCUCUCGCCCCCUGUUCCGUUCAUCUCCGACCCUCGACAGGUGUCCAGGAAGUAUUGA